UCAGCAUCCUAUUCGCAGAUAUAUGCGGGUUCACAACCCUUUCCGACCAAUGCACGGCGGAAGAGCUCGUCCGGAUACUCAAUGAAUUAUUCGCUAGGUUCGAUAAGUUAGCAGCAGAACAUCACUGCCUCCGCAUCAAGCUUUUGGGUGACUGCUACUAUUGCGUCUCCGGUUUACCAGAAGCUAGGCCAGACCAUGCUCAUUGCGCUGUAGAGAUGGGACUAGAUAUGAUAGACGCCAUUGCGUGAGUUUAGUAAUCAAAAGAUAAUAUUCAUGUUGACGUCUUUUCAAAUGCGACCACUAACAAAACUUUGAAAUACAGCUCACAAGCGAAACUUGUUAUGACAUACAUAUCUCCAAACUCAGUAAGAACAAAAUUAUUGAGGUCUGACAUUACAG